CCGAGCUUCCUCUGCCUUCAGCUGGACGGGCUGGUCUCAUGGGAGAGCCGGCCACACUUCCCUGAGGUCUGUAAUCAGUGUUCCUUUUUACAUGGUAAUGAAGCAGCAGAGACAAAAAUAAGGAAGAUUUCAUCCUUCAAACCAAGGACUCUCCAUGUCUUAUCAUUACGAUGAAGCCUUUGAAAAUCCAGACUACCACUUCUCAGAGACAUUGGAAAUUGAUAGAAGGGGGAGCUCUCAAAGGAAUCCAUUCUCUCACCCAACUCCUUAUGAUUCAUCUCAGUCUGAUUACUAUGGAGAGCACAGAGGGAGGGAGCAGAACUACCCUGUGGCCAUCCCAAUGGUUUCCCUGGGACCUGGCUCUGACUACAGCCAGGAUUUACCCAGCCCAAGUCCAUAUGGAAAUUUCUCAGACAAUCUUACCUUUGAGCCUGAGCCAGAACUGACUUACACCCCAUAUUCUACCUCCCAUAUGCUGGAUUAUCCCUACACUCAUGGAAUUUCCAGUGGAUCAGAGGACAGCUUCAUUCGGAGACGCAACCGAAGACCACCCGAUGAGAUCUUCAUGACUUCUUCCAGCAUGCUUGAAACAGACCCAGUGUGCAGGGAAGAGGAAGAUUUAGUUGGAAGUCUUGCAAGUAUGUCCAGCAAUGAAAGGGUUAAGGCCAUCCAGAAGAUGCCAAAGACCAUGAGACAAAAGAGAGAGAUCAGAAACAAGGUUCUGAAAGAAAUAACCAAAAAAUCAAGGCAUCGUGGUGCUCAGUGUACACAGGGAGUAGCAGUGCCAUUUCAGAGAUUUGGAAAUACCCUUUCAGAAUGUUUUCAACAACUGCAGCCAUGGCACAAGACUCUCAAGAUCAUUGGUGCUGAGUUUGGAACAAGUGUUCUUUCUUAUUUUGUUUUCUUGAAGUGGCUGCUAAAUUUGAACAUCUUCUCAUUCCUCAUAAACUUUGGUUUCAUCACAAUUCCUCAGUUUCUUGCAGCAGAACCAAAUAACCUUUCAUUCACGGGCCUGGAGCUGCUCACUGGAGCUGGUUAUUUUCAACAAACAGUGCUCUACUAUGGCUUUUACACCAAUGCUACAAUCAGUAAAGUGGAGAAUGGUCCAUCUUACAACAUGCAGCUGGCCUAUAUUUUCACUGUUGGAAUAUAUUUUGUCAUCAGUUUUCUUAUCUUGUUGUUCAGCAUGGCAAGAUUCUUCUCCAGGAACUUUGUUAAGUUAACAAAGGCAUUCUCUGUGAAUGCCAGCAAGCUGCUCUGUACUUGGGACUUCAAUAUAACCAAUGAAAAAGCUGUGAAGCUGCAACAAAAGAAUCUCCUCACACAAAUAAAGGAAGAUCUCACUGAAGUAAACAAAGAAGUUCUAAAUUUUUCUGUGAAGGAGAGACUUGGUCGUAUUGCUACUCAUCUCCUUGCUUGGGUUGUUUUCCUGGCAACAGCAGUAGCUGCUUCUACUGGUGUUUACUUCCUCUCCAUUAAUAACCUCGAGCUGUUUAUGAAAGGGUAUAGCAAUGAUCUACAGAGACAAGCUGCCAUGUUGGUGCUACCUGUGAUUGUAUCUCUCCUCAACACAUUGAUCCCAUUCUUCUUCUCCUGGCUCGGGCACCUGGAGAAGUUUCAGACCCCUGGACAGCACAUAUAUGUCACUAUUAUCAGAAAUACCAUCCUGAAAAUGUCAAUUGUUGGAAUACUGUGCUACUACUGGCUGAACAUCGUGGCUGCCUCAGAGUCACAGUGCUGGGAAACUUUGGUUGGCCAAGAUAUCUAUCGUCUUGUUCUAGUUGACUUCAUAUUUUGUUUGCUUGGCUCUUUCUUUGGAGAGUUUUUACGAAGAAUUAUUGGAACUACAGUCUGUGUGAGCCUGGGGCUGCCAGAAUUUGAUAUUGGACGAAAUGUUUUAGAUUUGAUCUAUGCACAGACUUUGACCUGGAUUGGUAUCCUGUUCUCACCUCUGUUGCCUGGUAUCCAGAUGAUAGCAUUUCUUAUAGUAUUUUUUGUGAAAAAGGUCAGUCUGAUGAGGAAUUGCCAGCCCCCUCGCAAAGUCUGGAGAACUGCUCAAAUGACCACAUCCUUCAUUUUCCUGCUCUUUUGUCCUUCCUUCCUUGGAGUCCUGUCUGUCAUUGGAGUCACUGUCUGGAGGUUAAAACCUUCAGAAGAAUGUGGUCCUUUCAGAGGUUUGCCUUCCAUGUAUGCUUCAGUUGAUGAGUGGAUACAGAUACUGGAAAGCUACACUGUCUCAAAAUGGGUAGUGUGGAUCUACCACAAUUUAAUUUCGAGUGAACUUUUCUUCUUCAUCAUCUCUACUGUUGUACUAAUUGUUAUUUAUCUUUACUGGCAAAUAAUACAAGCAAGAAAGACCAUGACCAAACUCUUACGUAACCAAAUUUUAAAUGCAGGAAAAGAUAAGAUGUUUCUACUCAAAAAGCUACAAAGAGAGCAAAGGGCAAAGAGAAGCUCGUCUGCCCGGGGAGGAAGAGGCCAGCAGAGAAGCUUCUCUUCAUACCACCCAUCCAUGCAACCUGCCCAGGAGAUGCCAGGCUACGCAGCAAGGGCAUUUGGCAGAAGCCAAAACACAUCCUACAAUGAGCAUCCCUUUUCUGUUGAGAUCUCAAGCACCAGUGACUUUCCACCAGGCGGCGAGCCCAGCCCGUCCCGCGCCGUGGCGCUCGCCCUGCGCGCCCGGGCAGCGGCGCUGGGCGAGGACAGCGAUGGCAGCGAGGGAUUCCAGCCCUAAACGGGCACGGACAGCGAUGGCAGCGAGGGAUUCCAGCCCUGGACAGGCACCGGCAGCGAUGGCAGCGAGGGAUUCCAGCCCUAAACGGGCACGGACAGCGAUGGCAGCGAAGGAUUCCAGCCCUGGGGAGGGACAGGCAGCACCAAGUGAAGGCACAGCCAUCCUCUCUUGCACUAAUGAUAAAAGAAUCUCUCAAACAUCUUUUUUUACGUCCAAAUGGAAGGAAAAAACUGGAAGAACAGGUUGUAAAAUGCGUCGGGACUUGGGUUUUUUACUGUGAUAGGGAAUAUCCACCUGCUGGGGUUGUUUUGCAGCAGUGGUGUUGGUGACAGCCUUCCCCCAGGACUGGCAUCACCUCGAUGCAGGCAGGCUCCCUCCAUGUGUUGUUGACUAAAUAUAAGCGAAUUUGUACCUAACUGUAAAUAAAAGUUGUGUGUUUAAAAAUAUUUUUCUAACAGUUAUAUUGUUUUACCUGUUUUAUCAGCUUUUAUGUGCAGUACUGGUUAAAUAAACAGAAAUAUAUUAAAGUGCAGUUGUUUUUAAAGACUGAGACAUUGUAAUGGCUGUGAAGUAACUUGUGUGAACUGAGUUCAUUUUUCUGAGCCAUUUUUACAGUUUAUUACAGUCACUUAAAAGCAGCUUUGAGGAAGCCAUGAGAACUAAGAGUGUCUACUUAUCAAAUUCUCAUCUGUGUAAAACUAUUGCUUGUAAACUGGAACUUCACAUGUCUUUUUCUAUAAAGGAUUGAUUGGAAGUAAUACAA